AAAUGAAAUAAUAUAACUCUAUAUAAAAAAAUGAACAAUGAUGAAGAAUAUAGUAUAUUAUUUAAUUUAAUUAAUAAUAAUAAUAAUAAUAAUAAUAAUAAUAAUAAUAAUAAUAGUAAUAAAAAUAUAAAUCAUAAUACAGAUUAUUCAACAAAGUUAUUUUUUAAAAUUUUUAGAAGUGUUGUUUUAAAAAGAAUUAUUUUUAAUUUUAUUAAAUUAAAAAAUUUAAAUUAUAGAGUUAAAGUUUCAAGUACUGAUCAGUUAGAAAAAAACCCAAAUAGCGAAUUCAUUUCAGUUUUAAAUGUAGAGCAUCAUUUUAACAGUAACCAAUUACCAUUAAAUUUAAAGUCGUUAAUAUUCGAAAACCAUUUUAAUCAAAUUAUUUUACCUGGCGAUAUUAAAAAAUCCAUUGAAGAAUUAGUGUUUGGAUAUUAUUAUCAACACCCAAUAAGAAGUGGGAUUCUUCCAGAUAAUUUAAGAUCAAUAACAUUUGGCUUCUAUUUUAAUCAGCCUCUAACCAAAGAUUUAAUACCAAGAAACUUAACAUCAAUUAAAUUUGGGUUCUCCUUUAAUAAACCAAUUGAACCAGGGGUAUUUUCAAACUCUCGGGUCCAGUCUAUUACUUUUGGGCAUUGCUUUAAUCAAGUAUUACUAGUGAAUUCAAUUCCAGAUAGCUGCACAUCUUUGAUUUUUGGGGAAAAAUAUAAUCAAAUAUUUAGACUUGGAUCAUUACCACCAAAUAUCACCUAUCUCAAACUUCCAUACCAUUACAACAAUCCUCUUAAACCAAAUCUAUUACCAAAGAAUUGCCAUACUAUUUUAUUUGGAUGGAAAUUUAACCAGCCAAUAUCUAGAGGUGAUAUUCCAUCCUCUGUAACCUCUCUCGAAUUUUCUCACUACUUUAAUGAACCUAUUAGACCAAAAGUAUUGCCUCAGAAUGUAAAAAAUUUAUCUCUAGGGUGUUCAUUCAAUAAAAAGUUAAUGGCUGGUUCAUUACCAUCAAGUCUCACUAAGCUUGAUUUGGGUUCAUCAUAUAAUCACUCAAUAGGACCCAAUACUAUCCCAUAUGGUAUUAAAGAACUAUCACUUCCUCGAAAUUUUAAUAAAAAACUUUUAAAAAACUCGAUUCCUUGUACUGUAACCACACUUAAGUUUGGCUAUGAAUACAAUCAAAUAAUAACUGCAGGAACUCUUCCAAACUCAAUAACCUCAUUAACAUUUGGUGGAUGCUUCAAUCAACCCAUUGGAUAUGGUGUUUUACCACAGAGAAUCCUUAAAAUAGAGUUUUCAAGAAAUUACUCACAAACACUAUUACCAGGUGUCAUACCAACAACUUGCCAUACUCUUUUUAUAAAUAUUAACGUAUUUUAUAAAAAAAGAGAUAUUUUAAAUAAUUUUCCACAUAUUAAAAAUAUUGGUUGGAAAUAAUUAUCAUAUAUAUACACACUUACAUAUAAAAUUAUAUAUUUAUUUUUUAUUUAUUUAUUAAUUUAUUUAUUUAAAAAUACAUAAAAUAUAAUAAAUCUUUUAUCACAGAGCUAAUGAUUUAAAUUGAUCAUUAAUUAGAUUUAUAU